AUGGAGGUUGACGUGAUCGAGCAUGGCUCCGAAAGCCAAAUUCUGGAAGCCUGUAGCACCGAAACGGCUGAUUUGCUUCUGUUGUCGUAUGUUGAAACGGAGACACGUGUCUGCAGUGCGACACGAUCUCCUAGCCCCACUGUGCAAUAUGCACAGCUAAAUGCCGCCACGUUCAGUAAUGAGCCCCAUUUGAUCGUGCUUAGUGUUCACGUUGACGGUGCGUCACGUCCACUUCGCGUAUUAAUGAACUCAGGCGCGACGAACAAUGUUGUCCGCGCCAAAAGUUUACCCGUUCUCCCGUCGUGGUUGCGUGUCUGCAAGUCUUCAGGGGGGAUGAUCGUCAGGAAUGCGGAAGAAAGGCCCCGCACGCACCAACAGCGUUUGGAGGUGCUUUCUUAUCGGUUUGAUGCUUUCAGAAGCAGAGAUGCGUUCCAAGUUGUCGACUUGAGCGGUUCGUUCGACUGCAUUUCUGGGAUGCCGUGGAUUGCGCGACAUCGACCCGACAUUGAUUGGCUAAACCACACUAUUCAACCACGUGACAUUGAUGUCAAUGCGGUUCUCGACGUUCUUAAGAGACCAAAGAUUACGUGGCAUCCUGUUGCUGUCGUGGACCCCGACUCCACGACUGAUCAAGCCGCUGAACUGUACGAUGGUCCUUCGAGUGUGGUGUGUCACUCAACAGCCUGCUCCCUCUCAGUCAAACAGUGUUACUAA